CUGAAGGGGAGCCUGGAGCAGAGCUCACCAUCGCCCGGCCCGGCCUGGCCCGCAGGAGCCGGCGGCUGCAGAGCGCUCCCGCGUGCCGGGCGCCCGGAGUCCCCGCGGCCAGAGACGCCCCAGGAUUCCAGACCUCCAGGGGUGCUGUUGGGCUCCUGGAUCUCUGGUUUCCCGGGUCGCGCGCAGCGAGCCCCAGAGACGCGCUUGGUCCCGGGACCGCGGCGGAACAAGGAUGAAUUCUGUGCUCAGGCCUGGAACAUAACCCGUCUAGUACCAGGCUCCAGGAGGCAUGCUGGGGACAUGAACAAUGCUUCCCAGUUGGAGACCAGCGAACGCCCCAGAAACAGAAACAGUUUGUCUUUCAGAGAUUGAUACUGAGAACAGCUUCAGCCACCAUAAUGGGCAGCAAAACCUUGCCAGCACCUGUGCCCAUCCACCCAUCCUUGCAGCUCACCAACUACUCUUUCCUUCAGGCAGUCAAUGGCCUGCCCACAGUGCCCUCGGACCACCUGCCCAACCUGUAUGGCUUCAGUGCGCUGCAUGCGGUGCACCUGCACCAGUGGACGCUUGGUUACCCGGCCAUGCACUUGCCCCGCUCCUCUUUCUCCAAAGUGCCUGGCGCUGUGUCCAGUCUGGUAGACGCGCGCUUCCAGCUGCCUGCCUUUCCAUGGUUCCCCCACGUCAUCCAUCCCAAGCCUGAGAUCACUGCUGGAGGAAGCAGUCCAGCGCUUAAGACCAAGCCACGCUUUGAUUUUGCCAACCUGGCCUUGGCUGCCACACAAGAAGAUCCGACCAAACUUGGCCGUGGGGAGGGUCCUGGCUCCCCUGCUGGUGGGCUGGGUGCCCUCCUGGACGUGACCAAGUUAUCCCCAGAAAAAAAGCCCACGAGGGGACGUCUCCCUUCCAAGACCAAGAAGGAAUUCGUCUGUAAGUUCUGUGGCCGCCACUUCACCAAGUCCUAUAACCUACUUAUCCAUGAGCGGACGCACACUGAUGAGCGACCUUAUACCUGUGACAUCUGCCACAAAGCUUUCAGGAGGCAAGAUCACCUACGAGAUCACAGAUACAUUCACUCCAAAGAGAAGCCCUUCAAGUGUCAAGAGUGCGGAAAAGGAUUUUGCCAGUCCAGGACUCUGGCUGUCCACAAGACGCUGCACUCACAAGUGAAGGAGCUCAAAACCUCCAAGAUCAAGUGCUGACUGAGAAAACAGAGCCUGUGGUCCCCCGGAGCCCGGGGCCAAGCCACCCCUUCCUCUAGAAGGACCCAAAGCUGGAGGCGACUCUCCAAGGCGGCGGCAGGGGCUCUUGGGAUCCUCCUUCAACCUAACAGUGUCCCUGAGGUCCCCAGCGCACGCGGCGCUCCGGAGCUCCGCCCGGGGCCGUGACUGCGACCGCCUGGGCGGUUCCCCGGGGACGCGGCUAAACUCUUGGCCCAAGGGUUGUGCUCACGUGGCGGAAAGGAAACUUCAUUUCAAAAGAAGGGGCGAAAGCUCCGCGGAGUGGUACCGGCGCCUCUCCCAGAAGUAUUACUUUUAUUUUUUUUUUCUAUUGUUAUUUUAUACGUUUUCUCUACUAUUUUUUCUUCUUCCGUUGACCAUAUAAGCUUGUAAACUCUUGACUGCGGAGAGGGUAGAAGAAAAGAAGUUGUGCGCGCAGGCAGCUUCCAGCCUCUCCUCGUGUCUCCAGCCCCAUCCCCACCCUGGAGCCUGCGCAAGUGUAACCCCCGUGUAUCUGCUUGAGACGUCCCGCCCCAGGGACCGCGGGCUCUGGGCGCCUCCUCCGGGCUCCCGCGCUGCUCACACGCUGGGCAAGUCCUUCGGGCCCCGGGCUGGAGCGGCCGAAUCUCCGCUCCCAGCUCCACAGCUCGGAGCAGCCCGCCGGGAGCCGGGCGUUGUAUUGCGACUGGCACUUUAUGCUGACCAUCGGUAAAGGACUUUUAUCACUGGAGUUUUUUUUAAACAAAAACUAUUAAAUAAACGGUUAUUUUACAGGCA